UCUACUCUAGCUAGAUGCAUAUGCAUGCAUCAUAUAUUCAGCUUCCAUUCCAUUCCGCCGUUCUGAUCCGCUUGGUGAUUUUUUUCGUCGUCCGGCCGCGCGCCCGUCCAGCCUCUCCAAGAGCCAGCCACCAUCCCACAGAGCCCUCAAAGCGGAGGCGAUCCAGCAGCAUCCGGCCGCGCGCGGCCGUAUCGGCUCCUUCCUUGCCUAUUACUACGCCGCAAGAGAACUCAAGAGCCGCCGCUCCUGUAGCGUAGUAGGAGUAGAAAUACUCCUAUAAACGAACCCACGCCUCCACGUCCCACCUCCUAGAUCGAUCCAUCUCCCUAACUUCCCGUUCCGUUCCAGUCGCAUUGCAUGCCUCUGGAUCACUCUACAUCGAUCUUGGACUAGUAAUAAUGGAUGAGGCCAUGAGCCCCAGCCCGCGCGCCGGCGGCGGCGCCGGCGGCAUCCACUGGGAGGCACACGGGCGGCUGCUCACGGCGUGCCUCGUCGCGCUCAACGUCUUCCUCGUCCUCCUCGUCUACGUCUACUUCUGGCGCUUCUUCUCGCGCUCGCGCUCCCGCGGCGGCGGCGGCGAGGACGACGACGACGACGCGUCUUCGGUGGCCUCCUCGCCGCCGGCGUCGCCCAAGGCCCGAGACCGGCGCGAGGUGGAGCUGGCCAUCACCGCGCUGCCCGUCUUCGUCCACUCCUCGUCCUCGUCCGGUGGUGGCGGCGGCGCCGGGCCGGCGGCGGCGUCGGCCGAGUGCGCGAUCUGCAUCGCGGAGUUCGCGGACGGCGACGAGGGCCGCCUGCUCCCGCGGUGUGGGCACCCAUUCCACGCGCGCUGCGUCGACACGUGGUUCCGCUUCCACACCACCUGCCCGCUCUGCCGCGCCACCGUCCUCGCCGACGCCGCGCCGCCGGAGGAGCCGGCGCCGGCGCAAACUGCCAACCAACCGCCGCCUCAGCAAAUUCAGCAUCGUACGGAUACGACGAAUAGUACGGACGCCCAUACAGAUUCUCCGGUGUGAAAAGAAAAACAGUCGACGAUCAGUGGGUAGUAGGCAUGAAUGGUUUAACAUGAGAAGUCACUUUCAAAUUGCGAGUGAUCACAUCAGGUUUGUUUAGGCUGUCUGUGGAUUGGUGUUGUUCGAUUUGCUGAAAUUUAGCUUAUACUGAUACUAAAAUGUUGUGAGAGAAAAAAAUACUGUUCUUUUUUCUUCUACUAGGUGAGUGCCCGUGCGUUGCGACGGGAUAACACUCAUGUAUACAUGAUGAUAUAUUCAACUGUUGCCACACAAAAUCAAUUCAAAAAAAAUAUUCUAUUAAACUUUAUGGGGGGUCUUCUGUUGUAUAGCACCAUACACAUGUAUUUGUUCAAAUAAAAAUGUAGCAUCACUUGUCUGAUUC